AACCAACUCCAACUAACCUCUCCUAUUGAAAGCCUCCUUCGUCACGAAUAUCCUCGCUUCAGGAUCUUCGAUCGGGAAAAUCAGCACCCAUGGACUUAACCACGUCGUGAUGAAGCUCCCAAUCCGACCGUUAGGUACUUCCGCCAUUCUUCCGCGGUUGCAAUCCGUUUUUCCUUACCGCGGUUAUGCCACCCAGCAUGGGUUGGGGAAUAGUUCAGCCGCCUCCAAGAGGAGGGCCGUGACGCCAUUCAACGAUGAUGGCAAUGUGCCAUGGCAUCAGCUGUCCGUUGGAGAGAAAGCCUCGCGCGCCACGCAACAGACUUUCAACUUUGGUCUUGUGAUGGUAGGCUUGGUAUUGACGGGGGGUGUUGGAUACUUCCUGUACCAAGAUGUCUUCUCUCCGGAAAGUAAGACUGCAUACUUCAGUCGAGCCUUCGAUAGAGUUAAGAAAGAUCCAGAGUGUGUGGCGCUCCUUGGUGACAGCAAGAAGAUCGUCGCGCAUGGUGAGGAAACUAUGAAUAAAUGGCGUCGCGCGCGUCCAAUUGCGUCGACACUGAGUACGGACGCCCAAGGUACACAACAUUUAAUGAUAAACUUUUAUGUAAGUCCAUUUUAACAGACUGGAGUUCCAAUGGCGUCUUACCAGUCAUAGGUUGAAGGCCCUCUCAAUAAUGGCACGGUG